AUGCUAUCCUAUAGAACGAGGGGCUAUAACGGAUAUGGAGUUCAAUAUUCUCCAUAUUUUGACAAUAAGAUCGCUGUUGCAACUGCAUCAAAUUAUGGCCUUGUUGGGAAUGGUCGUUUAUUCAUUUUAAAUAUUGAACCAAAUGGACUGAUAACGAAUGAAGUAUCAUGGGAAACUCAAGAUGGACUCUUUGAUAUUGCCUGGAGUGAGAUCCAUGAGAAUCAAUGUGCCGUUGCCAGUGGUGAUGGGUCAAUUAAAUUGUUUGAUCUUAAAGUUCCCAACUUCCCUGUAAUGAAUUGGAAGGAACAUACUCGGGAAGUAUUUGCUGUUAAUUGGAACUUGGUGGACAAGACUAACUUUGUAUCAGCGUCAUGGGAUGGUAGUAUUAAGGUUUGGUCUCCACAGAGACAAGAUUCAUUGUUAACCCUUAAUCUGCAAGUAGACUUCACUACCAAGGCGUCUCCCUUACCACAGACGGCCAAACCACCAUUAUCCCAUCAACAGAAUCAUCAACAAAAUGCCAAUACUGCCAAUUGUAUAUACAAUGCCACUUUUUCUCCUCAUUCUCCAUCUACCAUUAUUAGUUGUAAUGGUUCCUCUCAUGUUCAAGUUUGGGAUAUUCGUUCUCCACAUCCACUUCAAUUGGAUUAUGUUGCUCAUGGAGGUUUAGAAGCUCUUAGUUGUGACUGGAAUAAGUAUAAAUCUACGAUAGUAGCCUCUGGAGGUACAGACAAAUCAGUGAGAAUCUGGGAUUUACGUAUGAUUACUAAAAUAGAUCAACCAAACUCUCACUCCCCUAUGCCUGCCUAUCACAUUAGAGGUCCUACACCACUUAAUGAGAUGUUAGGACAUGAAUUUGCAGUAAGGAAGGUACUUUUUUCCCCACAUGAUUCACAAGAACUUAUUAGUACUUCAUAUGAUAUGACUUGUAGAGUUUGGAGAGAUAUGUCUGAUGAAAAGGCCCGUUUCCUUAAUGUGGCAGAAGGUAACAACAAGGGUGUGAUGCGUGCACACAAAGAGUUUACUAUUGGGUGUGACUACAGUUUGUGGGGAGAACCAGGAUGGGCUGUGAGUACUGGUUGGGAUGAAAUGGUUUACGUAUGGGAUUCAAAGAGAUUGUAA